AUGUCCCAGGUCGACCUCAAGGCCCUCCUAAAGCAACUCAGCUCCCCAGACGCUGAUGCUACAACAAUCGUCACCCCUCAACGCGUUCGUGAGCUCGCAGCCGCCAUCUCGCCCUCUGCAAGCCAUGACGACCAGUCGUUUGCUCUUCUGAGCGUCAGCAAGAUUGUCGAUGUCGCGUCGCAGGAUGGCACCCCGGACGAGGUUGCCCUGCGUAUCAAGCACAUCUUUGACCCGUUGGUCGCUGAUGCUCUUUCUACCGAUUCGGCAGACCCCGUGUCCCUGGUCCCAGCCACAUCACUCCUUGCUGUGGUAGCACAAACCGCUCCCAAAGCAGUGGUGGCGAUUCUCACCCAGCACCUGGGCCUCGACGACAACGAUGACAAAGAGUCGACCGUUGAUCCCUUGUCUCUUCUUCUGGAGCUUGCAGAGCUUCCAUCGUCUCUUCAACCCGCGUUUGCUGGUCUCCUCUCGUCGCUUGCCGGUACCAAGGCAGGACGUGAUUUGGUGCGCAACCGUGCGCUCGAGUGGCUCUCUGCCGCCGCAGAAGCCGAGACCAAGCAGGUCCAAGGGGACACCAAGGUGCUCUGCGCGGUUACUCUGUCCAAGCUCGGUCGCGAGGACCCAGUUGUUGGCGAAAAGCCAGAGGAGCGUGCGGUCAAGGACGAAGAGGCUGAGGAGAACGAGUCCCGCUUUGCGCGCACGUUGGCCGCACACAUUGCGGCCUCGUCUGCGUCAUCACGCAGCGACGGUAUUCUCCCAUCACUCGAGGGACUGAGUGUGCUGUCGACCAGACCGUUUAUUCGCGACAUUCUUGCUGCCGACUCGGCCUUCCUGAAGGGCCUCCUCGCACUGUCGCCUGUGCCCCAGGCUGCCGGCGGCUCGCUUCCAGUCACCCCUCGUGCGAGCAUGUCCUCUCUCGACCAACUGGCUACUGCACCAGUAGACACAGCACUGUGCUAUGGUGUUGUUACAAUUCUCUCAAACCUUACGCAGCGCAAAGCCGUGCUGUCCGAGCAGGACCAGCAAAUGGCGCGUCUGCGACGUAUGGCCAUCUCCGGCAAGGGUGCUGCGGACGGCGGUGACGACCCGCGCGAGAGCGACAAUGCCGCAAAGGCCCGCACCGACCUCGUUGUAGCUGCUGGCGUGCUAGGAGCUCUACGUGGUCUUGUCCGCGCCGAGUCUACUCGCGUUCGUGCCGGACUCGGUGCGCUGUGCCGCGACAUUGUCGAGGACAAGGCUCAGCGUGUACCGUUUAUCCGCGAUGGCGGCGUCAAGAUCCUCACCAUCAUCCUUCGCGACAUGAAGGACGCAGAGGACAAGAUUGCGCCUGCACAGGGACUGGCCAAGCUCGUCAUCACGACCCCGCCUCAGCUCCUCUUCCCGGCUCCAUAUCAGACCAACGCCCUCAAUGCUCUCCACCCGCUCUACCUCCUGCUCGUGCACCCCAACUCGUCGCUCCUGCAAAAGUUCGAAUCCCUCAUGGCCUUGACAAACCUGGCUUCCAUUGACCCUCAAUUCGGCAGCCGUAUAGUCGCGGCCAACAUGACGCCACCGGAGAGCAACGAGUUCCGUGGCGCGGACAGGUCAACGACCGUCCCAGUUGUCUCCAAGGUUGAAGAACUGCUUCUUGACGACAACACUCUCGUUCGCCGUGCUGCUACUGAGCUUGUGUGCAACCUUGUUACAUCAGAGGCUGGCUUCAGCUACUUCUCCGGCGACCAGGCUGGCUCUCCCGACCCGGACCCGCGGGCCGCCUCCCGUCUUGGUGUUCUCCUCCUCCUCACCGAUGUGGACGACCUCGCUACGCGCCUUGCCGCCUCGGGAGCACUGGCAGUCCUCACCGAGUCUGUGGUCGCGUGUAAGCUCCUCCUCUCCGGUGCCGGCAUUAGCAGCACGUCAAAGCGCAACGCGUGGGAACGUUUGGGGGACCUGUUCGAGCCCGGAGGCGCGGUCCCCGAGAUUGGCGAGGACGGUGAGCGCCUCGAGACUGUCUCAAGCUCGCCUCCCGACGCUGGGUUGGCGCACCGCGCUGCGGUCAUUAUUGAGAACCUCGCACGGUUCUGCAACGCGGAAGAUGAGGAGCAGCUGAAGAAAGGCCAGGCGGCGCUGGAGGGCAAGAUUGAGGCGGCGGUCAAGGCGUUCAUUCCUACCAAGGACAGGCCAGCGGACCCGCGUGUCGAUGUUGCUGGUGUUGUCAAGGCGCUUCUGGAGGCUAGGAAGACAUUGGCAGGAGAGUAG